AUGACAGGAAAGUUCGAAAUAAAGGAAGAAAUCCUAAAGUGGAAAUACUAUAGAAAGAUAGAAGAGAAUUCUAAAAAUGCUUUUAAGGCAAAGAAUGUUGUUAAGCAUUCUGAGAAAGGUGAAGAGGAUCUGAAGGAAAAGGAAUAUAUAGGCGGUCCAAUUAAGAUCAAAAUCAGUGCAAAAGAGAAUUUUACUUCUAGUUUCCUUAAACUGCCAGAAUGUGUAGCAAUUGACGUACGAGUGUGUCUCAAUAAAAAUUUUCCUCAUUCUGAAGUCGAAAAGGAAGGCUCACUUAAAUUCUUCUUACAAAAAUUCAGUUUUUGA